AUGGCGUACCACUACCACCAGGACCACGCGCUGGGGAUGGACCCCGCGUCUGCGGCGGCGGCGGCGGCGGCGGCGGCGGCGGCGGGGAACCCUAGCUUCGCGCCGGUUGGCGGCGCGGGAGGCGGCGGGUGGGAGCGGGAGAAGGCGGCCAUCGAGGCGCACCCGCUGUACGAGCGGCUCCUGGAGGCGCACGUCGCCUGCCUCCGCGUCGCCACGCCCGUCGACCAGCUGCCCCGCAUCGACGCGCAGAUUGCCGCGCGCGCGCCCCCGCCCUUGCCCCACCCCGCCGGCGCGCCCGCGGGAGGCGAGGAGCUCGACCUCUUCAUGACACAUUACGUGCUGCUGCUCUGUUCGUUCAAGGAACAGCUCCAGCAGCACGUGCGCGUUCAUGCCAUGGAGGCGGUGAUGGCUUGCUGGGAGCUCGAGCAAACUUUGCAGAGCCUUACAGGGGCAUCUCCUGGUGAAGGCACCGGGGCAACUAUGUCUGAUGAUGAAGACAAUCCGGUCGACAGUGAGAGCAACAUGUAUGAGGGAAAUGAUGUGUCAGAUGGUAUGGGCUUUGGAAUGCUAACCGAGGGUGAGAGAUCAUUGGUUGAGCGUGUAAGGCAGGAGCUGAAGCACGAGCUUAAACAGGGGUACAGAGAAAAGCUUGUGGACAUUAGGGAAGAGAUACUUCGCAAGCGAAGGGCCGGAAAACUCCCAGGAGACACAGCGUCUACUCUGAAAGCCUGGUGGCAAGCUCAUGCAAAAUGGCCAUACCCGACUGAGGAGGACAAGGCCCGCCUGGUGCAGGAAACAGGGCUGCAACUGAAGCAGAUCAACAAUUGGUUCAUCAACCAACGCAAGCGCAACUGGCACAGCAACCCCACCUCAUCCUCAUCAGACAAGAGCAAGAGAAAAAGAAACAAUGCAGGUGAUGGCAAUGCCGAGCAGUCUUGGUAGGACACGGUUGGAGAAGAACACGCAUGUGUAAAUUAACAUUUCCAUCGUGGAGAAUGGGUUGAUAUAUUUAUUGCUCCAGCGACGAGCAUUUCGACGUGGCGUCUCCUGGACCCAACAUCUGUACCCCCCAAAAAAAAAGUAAACAUGUAAUGUUGUGAUUAACCGUGUGUUAUGGUAGUGUCUUACCUGAAAGCAGCUUUCACCUCUUGGUGCUGCUCGGUGAGCGUUUGUGGCUGUUGUGCUGUGCUGCGUCUUUGGUGUCGCAGGACAAAUCUGAGUGUAUACGGUUUUGUUCCGUGAUGUUGUAUUUUUAGGCCGCUACUUUGUGAUGUUUUGUGAAGUGAAUCGUGGGAUGGUAAUGGUGUGUGAUC